UAUGUACUAGUAUUAAAAAAACCAAGACGGCCGGCCAUGUUCCUGGUCAAGUAAUGCUUGAUUUCCCAGCGGGAAGUACCUCCUCAAUACUCAUCGUCAGUAAAAAUCUAUAGACUUUCCGUUAUGCUUUUGUAAGAGUCCUGAUAUCUCAAUCCCUGCUGAAAAUGGGUAGAGAUCUUCACAUAGUGAUGCUUCCAUGGUCUGCUUUUGGCCACCUGAUACCAUUCUUUCAUCUCUCCAUAGCCUUGGCCAAAGCUGGGGUAAAAGUCUCCUUCAUAUCAACCCCAAGAAACAUCCAAAGACUCCCUAAAGUUCCUCCAACUUUAGCAACUCUGAUAGAUAUAGUUGCUUUACCAUUACCAGUCUUGGAUAACCAGCUCUUACCAGAGGGUGCAGAGGCCACCGUGGACAUUCCUUCAGAGAAAAUUCCUUACCUGAAGAUUUCAUAUGAUCUCCUCCAGCACCCCGUCAAGCAAUUCAUCUCAGAUCAACGUCCGGAUUGGGUAUUCACUGAUGUAAUUUCUUAUUGGGUAGCUGAGGCUGCCCAAGAGAAGCAAAUACCUGUCAUUAAUUUCUCUGUUUUCCCUGCUUCUACAAAUGCUUUUUUUUUGCAAAAAGAUUUCCCCGUUGCUGCUGCCCAAGAAGGAACAAAGCCCUCUCCUGAAAGUUUGACAAAACCACUUGAGUGGGGAAAUUUUCAAUCUUCGGUAUCUUACCGGAGCUUCGAGGCGACUGGCACGUACAAGGGCCUUUAUACACAGAAUGCUUCUGGGAUAACAGACAAUGAAAGGGUUAUUAGAGUUAUUCUAGCAAGUAACGCUAUGGCUAUCCGCACCUGCCCUGAAUAUGAAAGUGAGUACUUGAAUAAAUGCAAGGAGAUUACAGGCAAACAGGUGAUUCCUAUUGGUUUACUCCUGCCAGAGAAACCUGAAGAGGUAAAAAGAAUUACUGACAAAUCAUGGAGUGAAAACUUUGAGUGGCUGGAUGGACAGAAACCCAAGUCAGUUGUGUUCGUAGGAUUUGGCAGUGAGUGUAAACUAAGCAAGGAACAAGUUCAUGAGAUAGCACAUGGGCUGGAGCUAUCAGGAUUGCCAUUUUUAUGGGCACUUAGGAAGCCUGAUUGGGCAACCGAUGAUCAUGACGCGCUGCCUCCAGGCUUCAGCGACGGCACACGUGGAAGAGGAGUUGUCUGCAUUGGUUGGGCACCGCAAUUGGAAAUUUUGGGACACCCAUCAAUUGGAGGCUCGUUGUUUCACGCAGGAUGGGGUUCAAUUAUAGAAACGCUGCAGUUUGGGCACUGUCUCGUGGUUUUACCAUUGAUUAUUGACCAACCCUUGAAUGCAAGGCUUUUGGUGGAGAAAGGUCUGGCUGUGGAAGUAGAGAGAAGUAACGACGGAUCGUUUACCAGGGCUGAUAUAGCUAAGGCUCUAAGACUGGCUAUGGUUUCUGAGGAAGGGGAGAAUUUAAGGGUCCGAGCUAAAGAAGUAGCUGAGGUUUUUGGGAACCGGAACCUGCAACACAAUUACUUCAAUAGAUUUGUUGAGUAUCUGGAGAAAAAUGGAGCUGCAACUGAUUAAAGUCAAGAAAAAUCAUUCAAAUACAAACAAGAUGGCUGUUUUGUUGAUUUACGAGCAAUAACUUUCCUUCUUUUUUUUAUUUGGAUUUUCAAGCUUAAAAAUGUAAUGUUACUCAAUAAUUAUCAUGUGCCAAGCCUCAAAAUUCAGCUGCACCAGAUUGACAAAUUUAAAGGCUGGAAAUUUCCAAUCACAUUUCUUAAUUCAUUGCAAUUUCCAAGUAGCCGACUAGUAGCAUGAGAAGCUCUGGUUCUAUAAAUAAAGUUUCA